AUAUAUCAAAGAUCGACUUCUUUUCUUUUCACAUGAAGAGUUCCUUUUUUGAAAAAGAAAAACACUCGGAAAUACCCAGUGGCGCUGUGACAGUGUGUUCGUAAUUUCAGAAAACUCCUCAAAGAAGAAAGCAGAACGGAGAGCAGAAUUUCCGAUUCACAUUUCGCCGGGAAAAGGCAGGUAGCGAAUCUCCGGCGAUAUGCGGUGGUACGUCGUCGCUUCGCUUCUCACCGUUCUCACCAGCUCUCAGGGAAUUUUGACGACGUUAUCUCAAAGUAAUGGAGGAUACAAAUAUGAUUAUGCUACUGUUCCUUUUCUAGCUGAAGUUUUCAAGCUUUUAGUAUCUAGUAUCUUUCUUUGGAGAGAGAUGCAAAACUCACCGCCUCCCAAGAUGACAAUGGAUUGGAAGAGUGUUCGUUUAUACCCGAUUCCAUCUAUCAUUUAUCUCAUCCACAACAAUGUGCAGUUUGCUACAUUGACAUAUGUAGAUACAUCGACUUAUCAGAUAAUGGGCAAUUUAAAGAUUGUUACUACGGGAAUAUUGUUCAGGCUGUUUCUGAAGAGGAAACUUACAAACUUGCAGUGGAUGGCAAUUGUACUUUUGGCUGUUGGAACAACCACAAGCCAGGUGAAAGGCUGUGGAGAGGCUUCUUGUGACUCACUCUUUUCAUCACCCAUUCAAGGAUAUUUGUUUGGUGUACUCUCUGCUUGUCUUUCAGCACUGGCUGGUGUUUAUACUGAAUUCUUGAUGAAGAAGAAUAAUGACAGCUUGUAUUGGCAGAAUGUCCAAUUAUACACAUUUGGUUCAAUAUUCAACAUGGGUCGACUUCUUAUGGAUGAUUUUAGAAGUGGGUUUGAGGAAGGACCUUGGUGGCAGCGCCUUUUCAAUGGAUACAACAUGACCACAUGGUUGGUAGUGUUGAAUCUUGGAACCACUGGCCUUUUGGUUUCAUGGUUGAUGAAGUAUGCUGACAAUAUUGUAAAGGUGUAUGCCACUUCUAUGGCGAUGCUCCUGACAAUGGUGUUAUCAGUGCUCCUCUUCGACUUCAAGCCAACUGUACAACUCUUUUUGGGUAUAAUUAUCUGCAUGAUGUCCCUACAUAUGUAUUUUGCUCCUCCAAGCACGAUAGUGGAUUUGCCUUUGACAGUAAAACCGGCCUCUGAGAGUGUAUCUGAAGUUUCUGUUGAACGAAGAACAGAUUCCUGAUGUACAAAAUACUGCCACCAAUUUUUUUCUUUGAUUUGUGCAAAGCGCUUUACAAAUUUGAGCCUCAGCUAAGGUCUGCAUGACCAUCACUUGGAUUCCAGGAAAUCAAGAUGACGUGAUUCAAGAGUUGAGAUUAGAAGCUUUCUGAUGACGGGAGUUUAUCACUGGCCUGGUAAUGUGCAUCAAAGUUAGACGAGCACUGUCAAUCUUUUGUCUCUCCUUUUGUACCCAAACCAAGUACAAACUUUAUGCCACAGUAACAGUUCCUUUUUAUGCUCUGUGCUUUUCUGGUGUCACUAGCAAACGCGCACGAAAUCAAGAAAAUGCAGGCAAAGACUAGGAUGUGGAUUACAUAAACUUCUCAUGUGUUCUGUUAUGAUUCAUAUCCAAAGUUAGCUAGUAUGGGUGCAUGAAACUUUGAGUGGAACAAGUUGCAUUAGAGACAGAUCUUUCUUGUGCCAGAGUAUCUUGUGCUUUAACUAUAAAAAUCAUGUAAUUGCAUGAAAGAAUAGCUUAGUAAUUUACCUUUUUCAUGGAUG